GUGAGUGCGUGACUGACACUGACGAGGCUUGUGUUAUACAGAGCAAAAGAGGCUCUUUUUGUCAUCCGAUUCUUUCGUCAUUUCCGGAUUCCGAGUAGGCUUGUCGGUCUGGUGCUUUUGCCUUCAGUUCUUCUCUGCCUCUGGAUUUAUUAUGGCGUAUAUCCCACCGCACAAGCGAAACUCAAAUGAAGCUGAAAGACCGUUGCCAACUCCUGACAAGCUUGCUCCUUUAUUUAAGAGAAAUGUAAAUGUAAGGUCAUCUAAGUCUAAUGAUAAAUAUACUUCAAAGAUAUUUUAUGCAGACCGUGCUAUAUCAAGAUGGUGGGUAGUUGGUUUGAAUGAUGACAACCAGUUUCCACCUUCUGUCAAUCUCGAACCCAUUUCCUUGGAAACCAUUGAGCAGAGAAUUAUUGGAGAAAGCCCUCUCGCUUUAAUAGGUUCUGGUCUUGAUAAUGAAGGUAAUGCGGUGGAAGGGACCUCGCCAAAGAGCCCAUGGGUAUAUAUGACAGAAAAUGUGCUUGAAGACCUGCUUGCGUCUUUUGAAAAUGUGAGGAUGGAAAUGAAGUCACCAACAUUAGAGUAUCUAAAGCCGACUUUAGUUGCUCGAGUUGGAAAAGUUCUUUUUCAUAGGACUCCGUCCGUUAACCUGGAAUCUCUCAAAGAAAAUCUGACUACUGAGAAGUUGAAAAAUUGGAAGGGAAGACCAUUUUACACAAAUGUUCCUGUUUCGUAUACAGAGAAAAUUGUAAACGAAGUUGUCCCGAAUAUUGGAGUUACUUUUGAAUCGGAGAAAGAUAUAUACCAAGUACAGUUGGCCGAUUCAACAAAACCAGACUCAACUAUCACCUGCAUUUGUAGUGUGAAAGAUGGAAAGCUACAACUCUACAAGGUCGAACUAAACCAAGUGCGUCAUAUGGUAGUGGACAUAUCCAUCCUUAAUAAGAAUAUGGACCUGAGACUGAUGUUAAACAUGAAGAGAGUCUUAACAAGUCAGACGGAUGAGGAGAUGCAAAGCCUUAGGGAUCUGGUUGAUGCUGCGAUUACAGAUCCAGAUGUGAAGGGUGGGUUGAGAUGGCCCCCGGAGAAGACAUCUUCUGGAAAGUACAAUGUUGUUAGGGUUUGUCAUUUAAGAGCAAAAGUAUAUAAAAAUCAGGCAUUAAGAUUUAAGGUCAGGCAUGCAGAUAGAUUUGAUUUCAGAACCUCAAGUGGGGAAGCUUCUUGGGAGACCAGUUUGAGGUUGAAAAAGGUAGUCUCAAAGUUGAAGGAAGAGAUGGUUGAUGUCAGCUCGGUUUCUGAGGUGCUGGAGGAAAAUAUGAAGUUCAUCUGGGAUAACUUCUUAAGCUGUGAAAGUUUUCUCACAUGAGAGUGCAUGUAAAUAUAAUCUUGGUCCUUGCAGAGAACAAGGAUACAAAUAAAAACAGGCAAUAUCUGGUUUACUGUUCACGCAAUGGUGGGUUGUGUAUUUUGACGAUUUAGUGUGAUGCAUAAAGCUAUUCUACCUAUUUAGUUGGUAUUUAAGCUGUCUACUUCAUCUUGUAUAUAUUGUGGAGUUUUCUGCAAGUGUAAGACCGACUUUGAUAUCUUAUGGAACCCCAUUUUGGGGUCUUUCCAAAUUUGAUGGGCAAAAACCACUA